CCUUUUACAGAGAGAAUCUUCCUCUUCGAGCGAGUCUGACAUAUUAUCUUCCAUUUCUAGAGAGAGAAAGCUUCAAACUUGAUUUCAUUUUUGAACUGUGAAGUGAAGCUGUUAAUGUUUUUAUACUGCACUUCGUGAAUGUAUUAUUUUGUUUAAGCUUGUUUACUUCUUAGGCAUAGUUGGGUGUUUUUAUAUAUUUUUUUUCUUACGGCAUUUGACUCUAGGUGAAAGGUUUUUCUGUUUUCCCACAUUUUUUUUAUAGAUAUAUAUGGUUAUUAAAUGAUAUUUUGAGCCUUUUGUGUCUGUUUCUCAAUUAUGUAGCAGAAACUGUUUCUGGGUGUUUCUGAUUCUGAGGAACCUGUGUCUGGUUAGUUAAUAGUCUUAGUUGUCUUCUGAGCAUGAAAGCUGCGGUUUUGCGGAAGAUCAGGGUUUGUUUUGAUUGCUGAUUCUGGAAGCAUUAAAUUUACAUGAGUUAACAUUGUUGAGAGUUGUCAAAGCAAAGUCUUGGGGUGGUUAGGUGGUUAUCUUUGAGGCAUUUCUGUGUCACUACAUUAGUGUGUGUCUGAGUCAUAGAGUGUGUGAUUGUUCUUGUGAUGUUUGAAGAUUAAGCCACAACAACUUGCUUAAAAGGUAGAUAUCAUGGAACAUGGGGUCUCUUAACUGUUUUUGGCUUUACAGAAACAUCGGAUAUUUUGGAGAACAAGGCUGUUUUGUGCAUCAUGAUCCAAUGGCUCCCAACAGGAUAAACUCUUUGAAUAUUGAGCUAGUCAAUUAACUUGAUUUGAGCUAAUCAUCGAUUCUGUGCCUACCAAAUUGAAAUCAUGGUGGAAGAUGGUGAUGAGGUUGUGGUUGAUGAACGUUCCACAGAAGACUGGUUGUUGCAUGCACAGGAACUUGUUCCUGUUGCCCUUGAAAAGGCAAGAGAGGUUAAGGGAUUUGCUGGUAGAUGGAAGAUGAUCAUUGCAAAAUUGGAACAGAUCCCGUUGCGGUUAUCAGAUUUGUCAAGCCAUCCAUGCUUCUCAAGGAAUGCUCUUUGUAAGGAGCAGUUGCAGGCUGUGUCGAAGACACUCAGGGAAGCAAUUGAAUUGGCCAAGUUGUGCAUGAAGGAGAAGUAUGAGGGUAAGCUUCGGAUGCAGAGCGAUCUAGAUGCAUUGGCCGGGAAGCUUGAAUUGAAUUUGAGGGAUUGUGGGCUUUUGAUCAAGACUGGUGUGCUUGGUGAGGCUACUUUACCAUUGCCUGUGUCUAGUUCUGUGGCAGAAUCAGAUGUUGCAACACACAACAACAUAAGGGAAUUGCUGGCACGCCUUCAGAUCGGGCACUUGGAAGCAAAGCACAGAGCUUUAGACUGCGUGGUUGAGGCCAUGAAGGAAGACGAAAAGAAUGUUUUAGCCGUUCUUGGCCGGAGCAACAUUGCUGCUAUGGUUCAAUUGCUUACAGCUACCUCUCCCAGGAUAAGAGAGAAAACAGUUACUGUUAUAUGCUCGCUUGCAGAAUCUGGAAGCUGUGAAAAUUGGUUAGUUUCUGAAGGAGUUCUUCCGCCUCUUAUACGGCUUGUUGAAUCAGGCAGUGCGGUGGGGAAAGAGAAGGCCACAAUAUCCCUUCAGAGGUUGUCGAUGUCAGUGGAAACAGCCCGAGCAAUUGUGGGACAUGGUGGGGUUCAUCCACUGGUUGAACUUUGUCAAACUGGUGAUUCUGUGUCACAGGCUGCGGCUGCGUGUACUCUGAAGAACAUAUCAGCUGUUCCUGAGGUGAGACAAGCUUUGGCUGAAGCAGGGAUUGUGAGGGUUAUGAUCAAUCUGCUUAACUGUGGAAUUCUGUUGGGUUCCAAAGAGCAUGCAGCAGAGUGCUUGCAGAACCUCACUGCGAGCAACGAGAAUCUAAGGAAGAGUGUUAUAUCAGAAGGUGGUGUUAGGAGUCUUCUGGCUUAUCUUGAUGGUCCACUUCCUCAGGAAUCUGCGGUCGGAGCAUUAAGGAAUUUGGUUGGAUCAGUUCCUGAGGAAUCAUUAGUUUCUCUUGGUUUGAUCCCCCGUUUGGUUCACGUGUUGAAGUCCGGAUCCUUAGGCGCUCAGCAAGCUGCUGCGGCUGCAAUAUGUCGGGUUUGCAGCUCCUCAGAUAUGAAGAAAAUGGUUGGUGAAGCUGGUUGCAUCCCUCUACUUGUGAAGAUGCUUGAGGCCAAGUCAAAUAGUGCUAGAGAGGUUGCUGCUCAAGCAAUUGCAAGCUUGAUGAUUGUGUCUCAGAAUAAAAGAGAAGUGAAGAAGGAUGAUAAAAGCGUGCCAAACUUAGUACAGUUGCUUGAUCCAAGUCCUCAGAACACUGCAAAAAAGUACGCAGUUACUUGCCUUGGGUCACUCUCCUCAAGUAAGAAAUGUAAGAAGCUAAUGAUCUCAUAUGGGGCAAUUGGAUAUCUGAAGAAACUUACUGAGAUGGACAUUCCCGGAGCUAAGAAGCUACAUGAGAGGUUGGAAAGAGGGAAAUUAAGAAGUUUGUUUAACAAGAAAUAGAGGAAAAAAUUGUUUACUUCCUUUUUGUAUCAAGAAGCAAAAUGCUAAGUUGCAAACUGGAAUGAACUAGUUUGCUAAUCUAUGUAUUAUAAUCAGUCUUAGAUUUAUAUUAUAAAUAUUUAAACUUUGUGUAUUCUCUCUCUCA